AUGCGGGGAGGAGGGUUCCCGUGCCGUGCCAGGCCUUCGCAGGCUGAAGGGGCUCCACCGCGGCCCGAGCCCCCCCACGGCCACGACGCCGAGGCCGCUCGGGGAGAGCCACGCGCCUCGCCGGCAAGGCGCGAGCUGUGGAAAUUUGGGCCGUGGGGUCCGUGGCUCACGCUGGGCCCGAAGAGCGGAUCUCGACUCGGCAGGAGAGCCCUCCAGGAGAAGGCGGGGGGGGGGGGGGGGCUCAGGAGUUACUUGCGAGGACCUCCGGGCGACCACCGCUGCAGCCCGGGGCAAGGGCUUCAGCGGCUCCUCCCGAAUGCGAGACGCCCCGGCGGGCGGCUCUGCCUCCGGGGGGAAGCCGGCAGCACCGCGCUGACGGGGCCCGAUCCUGCUCUGGGCAGCGGCCCGGGGGCCCCGUCCGUGCGGUGCCUGCCUCCCGGCUGGCUGCGCCCAUCCCCUCGGGGCUCCGCUCCCGGGAAUCGGGAACUCCCCCCGCCCCCGAGGCUGUCCCGCACCCUCAGCGCCGCUCCCAGCCCCCCGCCCCCCCACCUCAGGGCACUCCCGGCCGCUGGGCUCCCCCAACCCCUCGGAGGACUCUCUUCUUCUUCGCCCCCCCCCACCUCCGCGGACCAGCCGCCCCCGCCGGCGGGGGCCGUCCCGACUGGGUCGCCCGCAGAACCCCGGCGCCAACCGCCCCCCCAGCCCCGGCCCCCGGGCAACGGGGGCUUUGUAUGGAAUCCCAUUCAAACCACGCCAUAA